GUGCUUUUUCCUUUUCUAGCAUUUUUCCUCAAUCCCACAUAAAAACUUGUGAGAAAACUUUAAAUAUUUACACAUAUAAGGCAGAAAUAAAAUCUCCUGCUUAUUUCGAGCGCAACAACAAUGAAGAAAGUAUUAAUGAUUGCGGAGAAGCCGUCGCUGGCGGCAUCUCUUGCCACAAUUCUAUCAAAUGGACGCAGCACGACAAAAAAAGCAUCCAGUAAUUCCUGUUCAACCCAUGAAUGGGUUGGUUCAUUCCGCGAUGAGCGCAGCGUGCUGUUCCGAAUGACGUCAGUGUGCGGUCACGUCAUGUCAUUAGAUUUUGUGGGCAAAUACAAUUCUUGGGAUCGCGUAGAUCCAGCUGAAUUGUUCGGUUGUCCUACCGAAAAAAAAGAAGCGAAUCCUAAACAACAUAUGCGCUCCUUCCUGGCGAAUGAAGCGCGUGGCUGCGACUAUUUGGUGCUCUGGCUCGAUUGUGAUAAAGAAGGCGAAAAUAUUUGCUAUGAAGUGAUGGACGCUGUGUCACGUAUCAUACCAAAUGUAUAUAGCCGAAGCGUAACAUAUCGCGCUCACUUUUCUGCCAUCACCGAGAAGGAUAUAAAAGGCGCAAUGGAAUCGUUAGGUUUUCCGAACGAAAAUGAAUCGAAAUCAGUGGAUGCGCGACAAGAGUUAGAUUUGCGCAUUGGUUGUGCGUUUACGCGUUUCCAAACAAAAUUUUUCCAAGGACGCUAUGGCGAUUUAGAUUCGUCGUUAAUAUCGUACGGCCCCUGUCAGACACCGACGCUGGGAUUUUGUGUGAAACGCCAUGAUGAUAUACAAACAUUUAAGCCAGAGAGUUUCUGGUAUCUGCAACUGUUGGCUGGACAGCCAGAAAUUACAUUGGAAUGGGCGCGGGGGCGUGUAUUCAAAAAGGAUAUUGCCAUCAUGUUGAUGCAGCGCGUCAAGGAGCAAAAGGAAGCUCUGGUGGAGAGUGUAAAUUCAAAAGAACAGUUCAAAGGACGUCCGCAGGCUUUAAAUACCGUGGAAUUGAUGCGUAUUUGCAGUUCGGGACUUGGUAUAGGUCCCUUUCAAGCCAUGCAAAUCGCUGAGCGAUUAUAUACCCAGGGAUAUAUCAGUUAUCCGCGUACAGAAACCAAUCAGUAUCCAGCAAAUUUCGAUUUGCACGCCGUUCUACGGAUAUUGCAACCUUCCUCCGAGUUUGGUGAAGAAGCGCGUAGCAUAUUGAGCGAUUUCAAUUCGCCGCGCAAUGGCAAGGACGCCGGUGACCAUCCACCGAUCACCCCUAUGAAGCUGGCUAAUCGCAGUGACUUCGAUAAAGAUACCUGGCGCGUAUAUGAUUUCAUUUGUCGUCAUUUUCUCGGCACCGUAUCUCGCGACUUGAAAUAUCGCACAACCACCGCCAAACUGAGCGUCGGAAUGGAGACUUUCAUCAGCACCGCAAGCGUACUAAUCGAUCCUGGUUUCACAAAGGUCAUGACCUGGCAGGCGUUCGGACGUGACGAAGCUAUACCACCUUUUGUUGAAGGUGAAAAGGUUGCCAUAAAUGACGUGCGUAUAGUCGAAUCUCAAACAGGCCCUCCGGACUACCUCACCGAGGCUGAAUUGAUUACCCUAAUGGAGCAGCAUGGCAUUGGUACAGAUGCCUCUAUACCAGUGCAUAUCAACAACAUUUCACAACGAAAUUAUGUGCGCAUCGAGACGGGACGCAAGCUGAUACCAACAACGCUGGGAAUUGUGCUAGUGCAUGGGUAUCAGAAGAUCGAUCCCGAGCUCGUUUUACCUACAAUGCGUUCGGAGGUGGAGCGUAUGUUGAAUUUAAUUGCCAAAGGCUCAGCAGAUUUCCAAGCUGUACUGCGCCAUGCCAUUGAAAUAUUCCGCCUGAAGUUUUUGUAUUUCGUUAAAAAUAUUUCCAGCAUGGACAGCCUCUUUGAGGUGUCUUUCUCACCACUGGCCGAAACUGGCAAGGCCCAUUCGCGUUGCGGCAAGUGCAGGCGCUAUAUGAAAUACAUACAAACGAAACCAGCACGCCUGCAUUGUUCGCAUUGUGACGAAACAUAUUCGUUGCCGAACGGCGGUAAUGUUAAAGUCUAUCGUGAAUUCAAAUGCCCACUAGACGAUUUCGAGUUGCUGGCCUUUACAACAGGCGCCAAAGGACGUUCGUAUCCCUUCUGCCCGUACUGCUACAACCGUCCACCUUUCAGAGAUAUGCCAAAAAAUAGUGGCUGCAACUCAUGCACGCACCCCACCUGCCCGCACUCACUCAAUACGCUGGGCAUUUCCAGUUGCGUGGAGUGCGAACAUGGUGUACUUGUGCUGGAUUGCACAUUGGCGCCUAGUUGGAAGCUCGGCUGCAAUCGCUGCGACGUCAUAAUCAAUUGUUUCAAAGGUGCCACCAAAGUGACAGUGGAAGAACAAAAGUGCACGGAAUGCGGCGCUCAACUAGUCAAUGUUGUCUACAAGUCGGAUAAAACGAAAUUCAAGGAUGGCACCGAAGAGAAAAGCGGCUGCGUUUUUUGUUCCAACAUAUUUGCGCACCUGGUGGAGAAACAUCGCGCGGUCGCAUCGCGGCCAGUGAAUUUGCGUGGUGGUGGCCGAGGCGGUGGCCGUGGUGGUACCAAAGGAGGACGCGGCGGUGCGGGCGGUGGACGUGGUGGGCGUGGUCCACGACAACCGAAGGAUAAAAUGGCACAAUUGGCAGCAUAUUUCGUUUAAGCAUUAGCUGCAACGUAACAACAAAACAGUAAGAUGUAGAUUUAUGCGAUUGGCCGUUCUACAAGCAAUGCAAACAAAAGUAGCGAGCAGCAAGGAGCUAAGAAUAAGUGCAUAUUAAAAAGCCUGUUUAAAAUGAAAACAAACGAAAACAAGAUUAUACAAAAAUCAGUAGCUAUUGAAUUGUACAGUUUUUGUGGUGUAAUUUUUUAUAUAUAAAAUAUGUACAUGUGCCCCUUAAAGAGUAAGUAAGCUCAAUGUGUAUGUUCUUGUAAUUGCAUUUAUUUAAAGAUGAACGAACUCAUAUGCUCCAAUAAUUACUUUAAAUUACAUUAAGUAAUUGUAUGAUAGAGUGCAAAUACAUAAGUUACAUUAAGUAAACCGUUUAUCUAAAAUUGUGAACUUUACUUAAACAACAAAUCGUAGAGAAAUUAAAAAAAUAAUAUUGAGGACGAAA